CCCCGCCCGCCCGCUCCCCCUCCCCCGAUCCCUCGGGUCCCGGGAUGGGGGGGCGGUGAGGCAGGCACAGCCCCCCGCCCCCAUGGCCGCCCGUCGGAGCCAGAGGCGGAGGGGGCGCCGGGGGGAGCCGGGCACCGCCCUGCUGGCCCCGCUCGCGCUGGGCCUGGGCCUGGCCCUGGCCUGCCUUGGCCUCCUGCUGGCGGUGGUCAGCCUGGGGAGCCGGGCGCCGGCGUCUGCCCCGCAGGAGCCUUCCCGCGGGGAGCUGCUGGCAGCGGAGGAAGAGGACGCGCCCCCGCUGGAACUGAAUUUCCCGACAGAGGAGAGCCAGGAUCCUGCGCCCUUCCUGAAACCACUAGCCAGGCGACGCAGAAAUGCAGCUAAAGGCCGGAAAACGCGGGCUCGGAGGGCAGUUGCAGCCCACUAUGAAGUCCACCCGCGGCCUGGACAGGAUGGAGCGCAGGCGGGUGUGGACGGGACAGUGCGUGGCUGGGAGGAGGCCAAAAUCAACAGCUCCAACCCACUGCGUUACGAUCACCAGAGGGGGGAAUUCAUGGUGACCCGCCCUGGGCUCUACUACCUGUACUGUCAGGUGCACUUUGACGAGGGGAAGGCUGUCUACCUGAAGCUGGACCUGCUGGUGGAUGACGCACUGGCCUUGCGCUGCCUAGAAGAGUUCUCGGCCACCGCGGCCAGCGCCCUUGGGCCCCAGCUCCGUCUCUGCCAAGUGUCCGGGCUGCUGCCCCUGCGGCCGGGGGCCUCCCUGCGGAUCCGCACCCUCCCUUGGGCCCAUCUCAAGUCUGCCCCCUUCCUCACCUACUUUGGACUCUUCCAAAUUCACUGAGGGGCCCUGGUCUCACGGUGGGUUUGCCCAGCUGCCGACUCCCCACAACGGCUCUCCAGGCAGCCCGGUCCCCUCUGCCCCUCUCUCUGUCAGCUGCCAGGGCUCUGACUUGUUUUCCUUCCCACAUAAAUAUUCCCCUUCUUCUCUUGCAGCUCCCCCCCUACCCCUGGUUCUCCACCUCACUAGUUCCCCAACCCCUGACCUUUCCAAGCCCCACUUAUCUCCUGACCCUGAUCCCGGCUGCAGCCCCAGGACAGUGUGUCUACUGUCCUCUGGGGUCCGGGAGGGUCCAGAAGUCCCCUCCUCAGGCACCGAGAGGGGCUGGGCGGACUUGGCGGCAGGAAGCCGAAAGACUAGGGAGCGGGCCAGGAGUUCCCCAGCGUGAGGGGUGAGAAGGCAAGACAAGCUCCUCCCCUGAAAAAUUCCCUGUGGAUUUUUAAAACAGAUGUUAUUUUUUAUUAUUAUUGUGACAAAAAUGUUGAUAAGUGGAUAUUAAAGAGAAUACAUCAUA